UAGUACAUGGUGCUAGAAGCCUGCUCUGGAGUAAACAAUGGAUCACUUCUUUACUGAGGGAACACAAGUCUGGUUGCGAGAAAAUGGCCAGCACUACCCAAGUUAUGUCCAGUCCUGUGCUGGGGGUGUUAUUGUAUUUAAAACAUAUUAUAAUCAGGUAUUCACGUAUAAACAAAGCACAAUUACUCGCCAGAAGGUGACCACUAUGCAUCCAACCAGCACAAAUGGCGUAGAAGACAUGGCAUCGCUGGGUGAUCUCCAUGAAGGGUCUAUAAUGUACAAUCUCUACAAGCGAUACCAGGAAGACAACAUUUAUACAUAUAUAGGCUCUAUUUUGACUUCUGUCAACCCCUACAAGUUGAUUCCAGGUUUAUAUGACCAAAGCACAACAGAGUUGUAUAGCAGACAUCACAUGGGAGAAAUACCACCUCACAUCUUCGCAGUGGCCAAUGAGUGUUAUCGCUGCUUAUGGAAAAGGCAUGACAACCAAUGUGUUCUUAUUAGUGGUGAAAGUGGGGCAGGCAAAACAGAGAGCACAAAACACAUUUUAAAGUACUUGUCUGCAAUGAGCCAGCAUUCCCUAGAACUGUCUUCAAAAGUAAAGACUGCCAGUGUGGAACAAGCAAUUUUGGAGAGCAGUCCGAUCAUGGAGGCCUUUGGGAAUGCAAAGACUGUUUACAAUAAUAAUUCAAGCCGGUUUGGGAAAUUCAUUCAACUGAAUAUAUGUCAGAAAGGUCAUAUUCAGGGAGGACGAAUUGUAGACUAUUUAUUAGAAAAGAAUCGUGUAGUACGACAGAAUCCCGAGGAGAGGAAUUACCACAUUUUCUAUGCACUACUGGAGGGGGCAGGGAAAGAGGAUCGAGAAGCAUUUUAUUUAUUGCAAACAGAAAAGUACCACUACUUGAAUCAAUCUGGAUGUAUCACCGAUGAGUCCAUCAGUGACAAGGAAACAUUUCAAGAAGUUAAAACAGCCAUGAAAGUUAUGCAGUUUACCCCAGAGAAUGUGCGGGAAGUUCUUAGGUUGCUUGCUGGAAUUUUGCACCUGGGAAACAUACAAUUCAUGACUGCUGGAGGUGCUCAAAUCUGCACAAAGACAGCGCUGGGGAGAACUGCUGAGUUGCUUGGGCUGGACUCAGAGCAACUAACAGAAGCACUGACCCAUAAGUCCAUGAUUCUAAGGGGAGAAGAGAUCUCCACACCACUCAGCGUACAGCAGGCUAUAGAUAGCAGAGAUUCCAUGGCCAUGGCACUCUACUCACAGUGCUUUACCUGGGUAAUAAAGAAGAUUAAUAGCCGGAUAAAAGGAAAAGAUGAUUUUAAAUCGAUUGGCGUUCUGGAUAUCUUCGGAUUCGAAAACUUUGAGGUCAAUCGCUUUGAGCAAUUCAGCAUAAACUAUGCCAAUGAGAAGUUGCAGGAAUACUUUAAUAAGCACAUUUUUUCUUUGGAGCAAUUAGAGUACAGUAGAGAGGGUCUAGUGUGGGAAGCCAUAGACUGGACCGAUAAUGGAGAAUGCUUGGAUUUGAUAGAAAAGAAACUUGGCUUGCUAGCUUUGAUCAAUGAAGAAAGUUACUUUCCUCGAGCUACUGAUAGCACCUUAUUGGAGAAGUUGCAUACCCAGCAUGCGAACAAUCCUUUCUAUGUGAAGCCAAGAGUUGCUGUCCACAACUUUGGUGUAAAACACUAUGCUGGAGAGGUCUUAUAUGAUGUAAGGGGUAUCCUGGAGAAGAACCGAGACACUUUCAGAGAUGACCUUCUUAACUUAUUGCGUGAAAGCAGGCUUGAUUUCAUAUAUGAUCUCUUUGAACACGUUUCAAGUCGGAAUAAUCAAGACACAUUGAAGUCUGGAAGCAAGCACAGGAAACUUACAGUCAGCCUACAGUUUAAGGAUUCGCUGCAUUCCUUAAUGGCAAAACUGAGCACAUCAAAUCCGUUCUUUGUUCGCUGCAUUAAGCCAAAUGUACACAAGAUGCCUGACCAGUUUGAUCAGACACUGGUACUGAACCAGUUAAGGUACUCUGGCAUGCUGGAGACAGUCAGGAUCCGCAGAGCAGGCUUUCCUGUCAGAAUAACAUUUCAAGAUUUUUGUUAUAGGUAUAAAGUGCUAAUGAGAAAUGUAACCUUUCCCGAAGAUUUGAAAUGCAAAUGUGAGACGUUACUUCAUCUUAUUGACACAACUAACAAAGAAUGGCAGCUAGGAAAGACUAAGGUCUUCCUGCGAGAGUCCUUGGAGCACAAAUUGGAAAAGCAGCGGGAGGUUGAGGUCUUCAAGGCAGCCUUGAUAAUACAAUCACACAUUAUGGGCUUUGUGGCACGGAAGCAGUACAGAAAGGUACUCCACUACAUUGUGGUGAUACAGAAGAACUAUCGGGCUUUCCUGUGGAGGACAAAAUAUUUACGUCUCAAAAAGGCUGCCCUGACGUUCCAAAAGCAGCUGCGUGGGCAGCUAGCCCGACGUUUAUACAAGCAGCUCCAAGAGCAGAAGCGGAAAGAAGAGGAAGAGAAGAAAAGAAGAGAGGAAGAAGAAAGGAGGAGGAUAGAGGAGGAAGAAAGGCUUAAGAAAGAGGAGGAAAGAAGACAGGAAGAAGAAAGGCUAAAGAAAGAGGCAGAAGAAAGGUAUGUGAUCUACAUAACUAGGGAGUGUUUUCUAUACUGCUGCAUAAGGAGGGCUUUAUUAUCUGUAGGAACAGAGCUGGAAAGACAACGACAAGAGGCAGAACUGCAAGCCGAGCAGUUUGAAGACAGCGAAGAAGACUUUGAUUCAAGGUUUGACACAGAUGAUGAGCUCUCUUAUAGAAGAGAUUCUGUCUACAGUUGUGUUACGCUGCCUUAUUUCCACAGUUUUUUACACAUGAAAGGUGGAAUGAUGAACACAUGGAAGAAACGCUGGUGUGUCUUGAAAGAUGAAACAUUCUUGUGGUUUAGGUCUAAGCAGGAGGCCUUGAAACAGGGUUGGCUUUAUAAAAAAGGUGGCGGAUCAUCAACUCUUUCUAGAAGAAACUGGAAGAAACGUUGGUUUGUUCUCCGUCAGUCCAAGCUCAUGUACUUUGAAAGUGAUAAUGAGGAAAGACUGAAGGGGACCAUAGAACUGCGGGAAACCAAGGAAAUCAUCGACAACACAGGCAAGGAAAAUGGUAUUGAUAUAGUAAUGGGAAAUCGGACGUACCAUUUGAUUGCUGAGUCACCAGAAGAUGCAAGCCAGUGGUUCAGUGUGAUGAGCCAGGUCCAUUCAUCUACAGAGCAGGAGAUUCGGGAGAUGAACGAUGAGCAAGCAAAUCCACAAAAUGCUGUGGGCACAUUGGAUGUUGGAUUGAUUGAUUCAGUCUGUGCUUCUGAUAACCCUGAUAGACCAAACUCAUUUGUAAUCAUUACGGCAAACCGCGUUCUUCACUGCAACUCAGACACCCCAGAAGAAAUGCACCACUGGAUAACACUACUGCAGAGGUCCAAGGGUGACACCCGAGUGGAAGGGCAGGAAUUCAUUGUCAGAGGUUGGCUACACAAGGAAGUGAAAAAUAGCCCUAAGAUGUCUUUGCUAAAGCUGAAGAAGCGCUGGUUUGUUCUUACCCAUAAUUCCUUGGACUAUUACAAGAACUCAGAGAAAUAUGCCUUGAAAUUGGGUACCUUGGUUCUGAACAGCCUCUGCUCUGUGGUGCAGCCUGAGGAGAAGAUUUUUAAGGAAACUGGAUACUGGAAUGUAAUAGUAUAUGGCCGCAAACACUGCUACCGCCUUUACACAAAACUGCUAAACGAAGCUACAAGGUGGUCCUGUGCUAUUCAGAAUGUCAUAGACACUAAGGCACCCAUUGACACUCCAACACAGCAACUUAUACAGGACAUUAAGGAGAACUGCCUGAACCCUGAAGUUGUGGAGCAGAUUUACAGGAGGAACCCAAUACUGAGAUAUACGCAUCACCCCCUGCAUUCUCCUUUAUUACCUCUUCCCUAUGGAGACAUUAAUUUGAACUUGCUAAAAGACAAAGGCUAUACCACCCUCCAGGAUGAAGCCAUGAAAAUUUUUCAUUCUUUGCAGCAGCUUGAAUCUUUGUCUGAUCCUGUCCCAAUAAUUCAGGGCAUUCUGCAGACUGGCCAUGAUCUGCGCCCACUAAGGGAUGAACUGUACUGCCAGCUUAUCAAACAAACCAAUACAGCUGCACACCCUGGCAGCACUGGGAACCUGUACCACUGGCAGAUACUCACUUGUCUGAGCUGCACCUUUCCACCCAGCCGUAGCAUUCUCAAGUAUCUCAAGUUCCAUCUGAAGAGGAUUCGUGAACAGUAUCAAGGCUCAGAAAUGGAGAAGUAUGCAGUGUUUAUCAACGAGUCUUUGAAGAAAACCAAAUGCAGGGAGUUUGUGCCAUCUCGAGAUGAAAUUGAAGCAUUAAUUAACCGGCAGGAAAUUACAACAACUGUGUACUGCCACGGUGGGGGAGCGUGCAAGAUCACCAUCAACUCCCACACCACAGCUGGCGAGGUUGUAGAAAAGUUGAUUCGAGGCCUGGCCAUGGAAGAUAGCAGAAAUAUGUUUUCUCUUUUUGAAUACAAUGGGGUCACAGACAAAGCCAUAGAAAGCAGAACUGUGGUGGCAGAUGUGUUAGCUAAAUUUGAAAAGCUUGCUGUCAGUGCUGAACCAGGAGAUCGACCAUGGAAGUUCUUCUUUAAACUUUACUGCUUCUUGGAUACAGAACAUGUGCCAAAGGACAGUGUUGAAUAUGUGUUCAUGUUUGAGCAGGCACAUAAAGCUGUUAUUCGAGGUCAUUACCCAGCACCUGAGGAAACUUUGCAAGCCUUGGCAGCCUUAAGGUUACAGUAUUCACAGGGAGACUACGGUCUACACACUAAUGAGCCAGAGAUGGAAGACUUUUACCCAGUGCAUAAACUAAAGGCCCGUGUAACUCAAUCCACUAAAGCCUCUACACCAUUUGAAAGAUCUGAGAGGAAGAGGUCUAGUUUCUUAGAAGGAACUUUAAGAAGAAGCUUCCGAAGUGGCUCUGUGAGUAAACAGAGGGUAGAAGAGGAGCAAAUGCUGGACAUGUGGAUGAAAGAAGAGGUCCUGUCAACCAAAGCCAAUAUUACAGACAAAUGGAAGAAACUGCAAGGCAUAAAUCCAGAUCAGUGCAUGACUAAGUAUAUGGCUCUGAUAAAAGAAUGGCCUGGCUAUGGAUCAACAUUAUUUGAAGUUGAGUGCAAAGAAGGUGGAUUCCCACAAGAGCUGUGGCUGGGUGUCAGUGUUGAGGCUGUUUCUGUCUACAAAAGAGGAGAGGGGAGACCGUUGGAAGUGUUUCAUUAUGAACACAUCCUUUCUUUUGGUGCUCCACUUGCCAAUACGUACAAGAUUGUUGUUGACGAGAGGGAACUUCUCUUCGAAACCAGUGCGGUGGUUGAUAUUGCAAAGCUUAUGAAGGCCUACAUCAGCAUGAUCGUAAAGAAGAGGUUCAGUACUACGCGAUCUGAGAGCAGCCACAGCCAAGGAAGUUCUAGGUGAAGACAGCGCCUCUUGCAUAUCAGCUGUUAACACUGCCCGGGUCUCACAUAAGCAAAAGGUGCUUUAAAUAUGAUUAGCUGGAAAAGUUCUCAUCUCUUCGCCAAGCCAUGCCAAGAUGAUUCAGUGCCUAAAGCGUUAAAACUGCCAGCAAGAUCCCCAAAGCUGUACUACUCCACACUGACAAUUGCCUUAGAAAACAAGAACUGCCUAUCAUGCAGAGUGACGUGCCUUCAGUCUGAAAUCACACUUAGCGGCCAAGUGACCGCUCGUUUUCGUCAAGGGAAACUAUCGGAGUGCUGCAGGCAGCCUUCUCCAGGAGCAUUUUUUUGUGUAGCAGCAAGCAUUUUGCUUGGAGUUUAGUAUUUUGCCUCUGUGAAUAUUUGAGUCUUAAAUUCUAUUUUUAUUCUGACUUUCGGAAGAAAGGGAAUGAUGAUGUGCAAUUGUGUGUACAGUUUAUUUGUUUCAAUUAUUUGUACGUUCUUAAAGAGUUCAAAAGUCAGUAAUGUUAAAAUUCCAACCCUACCAUGUUGUAUUAAGUUUUCUUUAUAGCCAGUAUAUUGUACAUCAUCUAUCUGCUGUAUUUUAAAUUAAGAGACGACUUAGCUAAUAGAACGGUAACCCAUAUUUAUAAACCGCCUUAUUAUGAAGAUACUUAAACUAUUUUGGUAGCACUUGGCCAACAGAUGUUUUCUUUACUUGAUACCUUUUUGCAUAAGAGCAUGGUCAAAGUGCUUGUAAAUAGGUAAAUGUGAGUGCUUUAUUUUUGUAUGAAAAGUUUUAAUAUGAAGCUAAACAUAACACCACCUAGUGGGAAACUUCAGGAAGCAGAUCUUUAUACUGCAAUGAUAUGAUAUAUGCUGAAAGGUCGGCUACAGUGUAAAAUAAAUACUUGCCAAUAAAAUGUUGUAUUUAAUAUGAAUUGGCU